GCAGUGGAGCAAAUCACAUGACCAAAGCAGCAGUUUCCAGGCGUCUCCAUACGUCGGCAUAGGGUGGCGGCGGCAGGAUGGACGGGGUGCGCGCGCUGGACGUGCUGUCGCUGCUGCAGGAGCGCCUGGCCGUGCUGACGGGGGGCCGCGACCGGCGCGGCGGGCCCGUACUCGCCUUCCCCGCCACGCCGCGGCGAGAGCGCGCCAAGCCCGACGACUACCGCCGCCUGCUCCAGUACCUGCUCGCCAUCCCCUGCGAGGAGGUGCGCGAGCAGGGCUUCACGGUGGUGAUCGACAUGCGCGGCGCCACCUGGAGCACGGUGAAGCCCAUCCUGAAGGUGCUGCAGGAGCACUUCCCCGGCUCCGUGCACCUCGCCUGCAUCAUCAAGCCCGACAACUUCUGGCAGAAGCAGCGCACGUCCCUCGCCAGCCACAAGUACAAGUUCGAGACCAACAUGAUCAGCCUGGAAGCACUGCCAAAAAUUAUUGAUACUUCUCAGUUGACAUCUGACUUGGAAGGAACGCUGCAUUACGACCAUUCGCAGUGGAUAGAUAUGAGACUGGCCUUAGAAGAUUUUAUAUGGCAAGCAGCUGACUUGCUCGAUCGCCUUGAUGAUCUCCAAGAAGACUUAAGUAGAAAUGACCUUGCAAGUGAUAUUGCAGGAGCAAAGCAUGGCAUUGAUGUGCACAAUGAAAUGAAGAAGAAGAUUAUGAAAGCACCUGUAGAAGAAAUUGAUCUCAUUGGUCAGAGACUUUUGCAGAGGUUAUCUGGAGAUUCAAACAGUGGCUAUGAUUCCGGAUAUUCUGGAAGAGACAGUGAAGCCAGCUCAGUUGUAGCAAAUCCCGACCUCCAAGCCUGUGUUCCUCAAAUAUUGCAGAACUUGGAGGCAGUCCACUCUUCCCAGCAACACCUUUUACAACUGUGGCAUCACAAAAAACUGAAACUAGAUCAGUGCUUCCAGCUGAGACUAUUUGAACAGGACUGUGAAAAGAUGUUUGACUGGAUUUGUCACAACCGAGAUGUGUUCCUUAUGAAUUAUGUUGAAAUUGGCCAUUCCUACAAAGUAGCGAAAGAGCUGCAAGAAGAACAUAAUCAUUUCACUAUGAGUUCCAUGAACGUGUAUGUAAAUAUUAAUAGGAUUUUAACUGUAGCUUCCCGCCUAAUAGAAAGUAAUCACUAUGCUGCUCAACACAUUCGUACUGUGGCAAGCAGGCUUGACAGGACAUGGAAGGAGUUUGCAGCAGGCUUGGAUGAAAGAACAUCUGUUUUAGCUCUUUCUGUGUUGUUUCACCAUAAAGCUGAACAGUAUGUUGAAAAUGUAUCGAAUUGGAAUCAGGCCUGUGAAAACAUGACAAUACCAAGUGAAAUAAUAGUUUUAGAGACAGCAAUACAUCAACACCAAAGUCUCUAUGAAUCUAUGUGCCAGGCAUAUACAGAGGUGUAUAAUUCAUACCAGGCCCUUCUGAAUGGACUUGACAUCUUGGUUCAAGUCUGCCACUGUUUCCCCUCAACACUCACUGCCAGAGAAUGUGUUUCCGACAACAAUGUUACUUCAGAUGGACAGGUAGUAUUUGAACCAGCAGGAAGGCAUACAGGUAAUCCUGCUGCUGACUAUUCUGAGGGAGCAAGUCAUGUCUUAGCUGUUAUACAUCAAAUACUAAACCACCACCGGACACUGGAGCAGAAAUGGCAUGCGAAGAAAAUCAAACUUCAUCAGCGACUUGCUUUAAGACUUUUUCAAGAAGAUGUCAAACAGGUCCUUGACUGGUUGGCAAACCAUGGAGAAGUUUUCCUUCGAAAAAAUGUUGGUAUAGGACGCAACUUACAGAAAGCACGUGUUUACCAGAAGAGCCAUGAACACUUUGAAAAUGUUGCACAGAACACGUACACGAACGCGGAGAAGCUGCUGACGGCGGCCGAGGAGCUGGCGCAGACGGGCGAGUGCAACGCGGACGAGAUCUACUCGGUGGCGCGCGAGCUCGAGAGCCACGUGACGAGCUUCGCGGCCCGCGUCGAGCAGCGGCGGCGCCGGCUCGACCUCGCCGUCCUCUUCUACACGCACGAGAAGGAGCUGUCCGGGUGGGCGGACGAGCUUCGCGGGGAGCUGGUGGCGGAUGAGGCGGCGGACACGCUGGAGGCGGCGGAGCGGCUGCUAGAGCAGUGCCGCGACCAGCGCGCCUCCUCGCUGGACGCGUGCGCCUCCACCAUCGCGCAGGGCGAGACCCUGCUGCAGGAGCUCAGGUCGGCGGGCGUGACGCCGGAGAUGGACGCGACGGGCUCGGUGGCGGCGGUGGAGGCGGCGCUGGGCAGGCUGGGCAAGACGCGCGACGAGCUGGAGGCGCUGUGGGACGCGCGCAAGCUGCGCCUCGACCUGUGCCUGCGGCUGCGCCUGUUCGAGCGCGACGCGCUGGAGGUGUCCUCGCAGCUGGACCUCUGGUCCGACCAGCUGCAGCGCGCCGACACGUGCCGCGACGCCGCCCAGGCCGAGGCCAUGCUGCGCCUGCACAACGAGAGCGUCGCGCGCAUGCAGGCCACCACCUUCGCCGUGCUCCAGCAGGGCCAGGAGCUCGCGCAGGCAUUUGAGACAUCGGGACUGUCGCUAAUGGCUGACUCGCAGUAUUCUGCACAGACACGGGUGCAGGUGCUGCUUGAAUUUCUGCACGAAAGAGAAAUGGACCUGGAGGACCUUGCAGAGUUGCGCCGUGUCAAACUGGAGCAAUGCCUUCAGCUGUGUCAGUUUCAAGCAGAUGCUAAUCAGGUGGUUAGCUGGAUACGUAAUGGUGAAGCGAUGCUUAUGGCUAGUUUUGCCAUUCCAAGCUGCUUACAGGAUGCUGAGCAGCUGAAGAAAGAACAUGAACAGUUCCAGGUUGCCAUAGAGAAAACUCACACUUCUGCAGUACAAGUGAAACAUAGAGCAGAAGCCCUGAUAAGUGCAAACCAUUAUGAUCCUCAAAGUAUAAGAGAAAUUGCUGAAGAGGUAACCAAGAGGUGGCAGCAGCUCGUUACCUGUGCAGAAGAAAGGCACAAAUUGGUUACAGCCAGCAUAAAUUUCUAUAAGACUGCAGAGCAAGUGUGUUCAGUACUGGACAGUUUAGAAAGAGAGUACAAGCGUGAUGAGGACUGGUGUGGCAGCAGUAGUGGCACAAGCAGUACAUCAGAUAAAACAGACAAAGCGACUAUGGUGUCGCAGCUGAUCAACAAGCAUCAAGAGCAGAAGGAAGCAUUCCUCAAGGCAUGUACACUUGCUCGCAGAACGGCUGAAACUUUUCUGAAGUACACUAGCCGAAGCCUGCAGUAUUACAAUUACCAGGGUGAAACUAGUAGUCGCAACUCAGAAAACAGGGUUAAAAAUAUCUUGGAAAAACUAUUAAGCCAAGAGAACAAAGUUUUGGAGCACUGGACUCAACGUAAGAAACGGCUUGAUCAGUGCCAACAGUAUGUUUUGUUUGAAAGAUCUGCAAAACAAGCAAUUGAGUGGAUUCAUGAGACAGGAGAAUUUUAUUUGUCAACACACACAAAUGUUGGACAGAAUAAGGAAGAGACAGAAACUCUGUUGUCAGAGCAUAAUGAAUUCAAAGGAACUGCUAAGGAAACAAGGGAACGUGUGAAGCUCUUGAUUCAAUUAGCAGACAGUCUUGUGGAGAAAGGCCAUGCACAUGCAAGUUCGAUAAAACAGUGGGUUGCUGCUGUUGACAAUAGGUACAAAGAUUUCAGCUCUCGCAUGGACAAAUACCGGGCUCAGUUGGAAAGCUCAUUAGGAAUCCAGGAAGAAGGAGAAAACAGGCAGGACCUAUCAAUUGAUAGGAACUCUGAUCCACUGCUGGAAACUAAGCUGAAAGAAGCUGCAAAUAAAGAACUGAAAGAACUUAAUGAGGAAAAAAGAAAGUCAGCUAGAAGAAAAGAGUUUAUAAUGGCAGAACUUCUUCAGACUGAACGAACAUAUGUCAAAGACCUUGAGACUUGCAUCAAGUCUUUUUUAGAUGAAAUGAAAUCAAAUCCUUCUGUACCAGGACCCAUUCAAGGAAAAGAUGACAUAAUAUUUGGGAAUAUGGAAGAAAUAUAUGACUUUCAUAACAGUGUUUUUCUGAAAGAACUUGAAAAGUAUGAGACCAUGCCUGAAGAUGUUGGGCACUGUUUUGUUACUUGGGCCCAGAAGUUUGACAUGUAUGUUAAAUAUUGUAAGAAUAAACCUGAGUCAAACUCACUUCUAGUACAGCAUGGUGGCAGUUUCUUUGAAGAAAUGCAGAAAAAGCACAAAGUUGAGCAUCCUAUAGCAGCAUACCUCAUAAAACCUGUACAGAGAAUUACUAAAUACCAACUUUUGUUAAAGGACCUACAAUCUUGUUGUGAGGAGGAUCAAGGUGAAAUUAAGGAUGGCCUAGAUGUUAUGUUAAAUGUUCCCAAAAAGGCAAAUGAUGCAAUGCACCUUUCCCUCUUAGAAGGCUGUGAUAUGAGUUCAGACAAACUUGGGGAAGUUGUAUUGCAAGAUACUUUCCAUGUCUGGGAUCCUAAACAAAUAAUUCGGAAAGGCCGAGAAAGACAUAUUUUUCUCUUUGAGUUGUAUUUACUCUUCAGUAAAGAAGUAAAAGAUUCCAGUGGAAAAGCAAAAUAUAUUUACAAAAACAAACUGAUGACAUCUGAACUUGGAGUAACAGAACACAUUGAAGGUGAUGAGUGUAAAUUUGCUGUGUGGACUGGAAGGGCACCAAUAUCAGAUUACAGGAUAGUACUAAAGGCCUCUUCACUUGAUGUGAAACAGACAUGGGUAAAAAAGCUCCGUGAAGUCAUUCAGGAAACCUAUUUCAGUUCAGCUUUACCUCUCAGCAUGCCAAAGAGCCCAGCAAAACUGAAGCCAGGCAGUCAACGUUCCAGCAGGGACCUGGAGGACUCGGCGUCCCUGGACGAGAGCGUGGAGAACCUGGACCGGGGAUCCCUGGCGUCCUUCGGCUCGGGCAACACCACCGACUCCGAUAAGGCGGGCGGCGUGGAGAUGACGUGGGUGGUGGCGGACCACGUGGCCGCGGCGGGCAGCCACGAGCUGAGCGUGACCAAGGGGCAGCAGGUGGAGGUGGUGGAGGCGGCGGGCCCCGACUGGUGCCUGGUGCGGAUGCCGAGCGCGGGCGUCGACUCGCCGCCCGAGGGCCUGGUGCCGCUCGCCGUGCUCAAGCAGCCGCCCGCCGCCGCCAAGACCACGUCCCCGCAGCGCAAGCCCGCUCCAGACCACGACUCUGAGCCGGGCACCAGCGACGGCAGCAGCGUCGGCCCUGCAACCACCAACUCGCCCGUCAACAAGCGGAGGGUCUUCAGCGGGAGGAAAUGGCUGCCGCCGCCGUUGCGGAAGUUGAGCCAGGGCAGCAAGGUGGACAAGUCGGCCGCCGCCCCCGCUGCCGCCUCCGCCCCCGCCGACCGGCCGCCCCUCAAGAAAACUGCCUCCGAUAAGAGGUUCAAGCUGCCAUCUGGGGAAAUGGGCAACAAGCAGGCAGUGGCACAGCCGGAGGGUGAAGAGUCGAGCGCAGAAGAGCGGCUAGCACCAGCUCCCAGCUCGCGGCCACCCUUCGUGGACCAGAACGGCGAGGAGCCAGAGGAUGAUGUAGAGCUGCCACCACCCAUGAAACCCAUCAGUGAGCCACUCGUCGUUGCAGGAGCUGCCUCAGCUGACGAGAGCCAGGGCAAGCGGUCAUCCAGCCUCUCUCUCAAGGCAUUGGAGGGAGCCACAUCUGCUGACUUGGCUGAAAUAGAGCAAAUCGUCAAAGAGCGAAUGGAGCAGCACACAGAAAAUCAGGAAAGGAACAGUCUCCUUAAUCGAGAUUCAAAAGUGUCGAGUGAAAUGGCAUCUGAUGGUGAAACAAGCACAAAUACUGGUAGUGAAGGGCAGGGGACUUGUGAAGAAGAGACAGCUGAUGAUAAAGGUGGAGGGAGCAGGGAAGGGGGUGAAGCACAAGGCAGUGCCAGUGGCACGACAGCUGCGCCAAGUGACAGUGAAAGUGUUGAGGAUGCGGCAGUUGCCGCCAUACGCAAACGUGAAUACGUAAUUAGAGAAUUGGUGGAGACUGAGAGGGACUAUGUACGUGAUCUGGAAUAUGUUACAGAGGGCUACAUGCCUCUUAUGAGGAAUCCAGACUGUGAAAUACCAAUGCCUGAGGAUCUGAGAGGAGGCAAAGACAAAAUGGUGUUCGGAAACUUGGAAGCCAUCUAUGAGUGGCACAGAGACUUCUUUUUGAAGGCUCUAGAGAAAUGCCUCAGCCAUCCGGAAGAACUUGGCCCACUCUUCAAGAGAUAUGAGAGAAAACUGCAUAUGUAUGUGGUUUACUGUCAAAACAAACCCGUUUCGGAGUACAUAGUCUCAGAAUAUGAUAUCUAUUUUGAGGAACUUCGCCAAAAGCUUGGCCAUAAACUGACAUUAGGUGACCUGCUCAUCAAACCUGUUCAGCGCAUUAUGAAGUACCAGCUUUUGUUGCGAGACAUCUACAAAUACACUGAACGAGCAAAGCUUCAGAAUGAGAUUGACUCAUUACGUAUUGCACUGCAGGUGAUGCAGGUUGUUCCCAAGGCUGCAAAUGACAUGAUGGAUGUGGGCAGGCUCCAGGGUUUUGAUGGUAAAAUAACAGCACAAGGGAAACUUCUACUUCACGGACCAUUGGUGUGUUGUGAAGGGAAUUCAGCAUUUAACUUCAAAGGAAAGGAGUUGCAUGUCUUCUUUUUUGAACAGAAUGUAAUAUUCAGUGAAGCUGUUGGAAAGAAAACUCAGUUCUCCAAUCCAGUGUACAUUUAUAAGGCCCAUAUACAGGUAAAUAAAAUGAGCCUAGAAGAAGUUCCUGAUGAUUGUGAGCCAGGAAAGUUUAUAAUUCGAUCAACUGAUCCCAAUAAGCCCAACUUGUCAUAUGUCUGCCAACCAAUGUCUAAAGAAAGUUGUGAAGAAUGGGUGUCGACAAUUCGGAGUAUUCUGCAGACACAGAAAGACUUUCUGAAAGCACUUCAGUCACCCAUAGAUUAUCAGAGGGGUCAGGAGAAAAAGAAGGAGGUCUCUGCUCCAGAACUGAGUUCAGUUUGGACCCCUUCAUUAAGGAAGAGCUUGUCACACCCUGCAUCAAGUACAGAAAAGGAAAAUGGAAGAGCUUAUAAGAAUUUUGAUGACUCUGCUUCUCUUCCUUGUCCCAGCACUGCAGCUUCUGCUCUUCUUGAUGCUUAUUCUGUGCCCAGCAAAGCAAUCUAUGAUAGUGAUCAAAGGAGCUUUACUUCAAGUGCAGAUGAAAGCCACUGUUCAGACAAAAGUAACAGAACUCAGAGCCCCACAAAAAUGAAGUUGAACUUUUUGGAAGGUUUUCGCAACACACUACGUUCACGGACUAAAAGUGAUGUGGCUUGCUACAGUGAGUGUGAAUGGAACAGUGUCAAGCCUUCAAGUCCAUACACAGGUUCUGGCACUGAUAAAGGCAUUGCAAGGAGGUGGUCUGAGGCAGGCACACCAAAUCUGGUUGAAGUCCCACCACCAAAUAUAAUAGCACCUGGAACCAUUGUACGAGUAGCAGUUGAUUUUCCAGCAGUACACAGCGAUGAACUUACUACAUAUCGUGGUGAGCACGUGCAAGUAGUGACAUAUAAUGCAGAACGUAAUAGCUAUAUGGUGCGCCGUAGAUCAGAAUCUUCAGCACCAGAAGAUGGGUGGGUGCCUGCACACAUACUUAUGAGGACUGUUUCACGGAAACCAUGGUCAUUCCGUUUUCGAAAACCUGGUUUUAGCACUGGAGGCCGAAGAGGAGAGCGGCGUUCUUUUGAUGGGAGCUUAGGACCAUCUCCAUCUUCAUCAGGCAGGGUAUCGCCUGAUUCUCUUAUACCUGAAUAUCCUGUAGCACCACCAGAAUUCAUUGAGAAGCUACACUGUGUGAACAUUCACUGUGGUAUGCGUGUGGAACUACGAUGCCGCCUUUGUACUCCAGCUGGCAUUGGUGACUUCAGUGAUGUGAAUAUCGUGUGGCGGAGGAGUUCCAAUGUUCAAAGACUUAACCCUCAUGAUCCAGGUGGUUCAAGUAUUCUUCGAACAGGAGGAAGACUUAGUAUCAGUCUUACGGAAGACGGAACUGCACAGUUAGUUAUUGAGAACUGUCAACCAUCUGAUGCUGGUGAAUACUCCUGCACUGCUUCUAAUGAGGCUGGAAGUGUUACAACAUCUGCUUCUCUCUGUAUAUCAGGUACAGGUUUGACAUCUACUAUGCAGCCAAGAGUACAAGUUGUCACUGGCACAAGUGUGCUGCUCCAGUGGGAAGGUGACAGCAGCAGUUACUACCAAGUGGAAUGCUACAGGCACUGCUUAGGAGAUGACUGGUUGCCAGUUGGAGGUCCCAUUAGAGGAUUAACUCACGUCGUAGAUGGACUUACACCAGGAGAGACGUAUACAUUCAGAGUGCUCUCCACUGGCCAUGGAAUGGGCACGCCUGUUGCUAGUAUGCCAUCCUCUCCUAUUAUAAUACCACCACCUGAUACAGGUCACUGGCAGCAAGAGCAGUUCCGAAGACGUUACUCUGAACUGGAAGAAAUUGGUUACGGUCGAUUUUCAGUAGUGCGCAAAGCAAGAGAUCGUGGUACUUCACAAGAAGUUGCUGUGAAGCAAGUUUAUUGCAAAAGACAAUCACGUGAAGUAACACAGGCAGAAUACGCAUUACUGGCAAGACUACAGCAUUCCAAUAUUGUGAGAGCUCUUGCAUUAUUUGAAAAUGCCCCUCAGCCUGGAAUUGAUUCAAUAGUGAUGGAACUUGUAAAUGGUCCAUCGCUGUUUUCGUACCUGUGCAAACAAGUAGUGUAUGAUGAAGAGACAGUCAGCCACUACAUGCAACAGUUGGUGUCUGCUCUAGCAACGCUGCACCAACAAAACAUAUCUCAUCUUGAUCUGAAGCCAGAAAAUGUGCUUGUAGACUUGUCUACUACCAAACCAGUCUUGAAGCUGAUAGACUUUGGUGAUUCAGUAAGCACAAGAGGUUCUGAAGUGCUGCCUCCAUCAAAUUUGGAAUUUGCUGCACCUGAAAUGGUUCUGGGGAAACCAGUCUGUUGCCAGACAGACAUGUGGAGUGUUGGAGUGUUUCUAUAUGUUUUCCUGAGUGGGCUGUCUCCAUUUCUGGACGAUUCCAUGGAAGAGACCACUUCAAACAUACUGAAGUGUGAUUACUGUUUUCCUGAUGAAUAUUUUGCUGAAAUUACUAAUGAUGGGAAGGACCUAAUUUGCCGCCUUCUUGUCUUAACUCCAGCUCAGCGGGCCAAGCCAGCUGAAUUUUUGUCGUCUCCAUGGUUCAAGGAUGUUCAAAAGAUAUGUUCCAUUCCAACAGCCAGGCUUGCUUCCUUUAUGGAACGGAGGCAGUCCCUAGCUCGACCCAUUCAUCCUGUCCACGCUGUCUCUCAACAGCAGCCUAUGCCUGAGUGAAGAAAGUUAACUGUUUCUCCAUGCUGCAUCUU